AACUGGCAACCCAUAAUUAGUUCUUCAUUGGCAUCGCUCUUAUUACUGGGAAUCUCUACACUAAUUGCAAUAGCAUUAGUAAUACACUCGGAAUUAGAGCCGAAGAAAUUAUUGCACGUAAAUAACAAGUCCACAAAUGCAACAAACUCUACAACCAUCUCAACAGCUGCUAACACUACAACCAUUAACACACUAGUACCACCAGGAGGGGGAGAAGUAAGACCAGUGGCAAUACAAGAACAGGAAUUAGAUACAACUACUACACUACUACACUCUGCAAACAUGGAGACUACAGGCAAACCAACAGAGGCAACAGGACAACAGACAUUAAGACAAACACUGAAACCCCCUUUAAGAUUUGUUCAAACAGCAACAACAGCAGCUGGUGUCCGUGGUGCAAUAGGCAUUAGCUGGUUGUUGCCUCUGCUAUUUGCCAUAACAUCGCCUUUAAUUUGUACAAUUAACGGCAAAUGGCCCCAAAACUGGUGGCUAGAAAUUAUGAGCCAUUCCACGAACACUGCUGCCAACACACAAGCCAACUUAAACAGUGGUGGCUCAGCAUUUUCAAUAAACUCUGCCACCAAUAGUUUUUUACCCUUAAAUGAACGUUAUAUACGCACCCAUUUAACACCCUUUACCACGGAGCCACCUCUGUUGAGUAAUGGUGAUAGUGUUUUGGAAUUUAAUACCACAACAGCUUUAGAUAACUCGCAUUUAAAUGUUCAACAAACAACAACAAAAACAACAACUAGCAGUGGCAAUACAAUUGAUGCAACAUCUACAAUUUGGUCACAAACUGCUCGUUCUCCCAUAACAUUUCAACACAAUGACGACAUCGGUACCACCUUUGGAACAGUUAACAAUUUACCGGAUACCGGUUUAAUGACACCCGCUGUACCAGCUUUAAAUUUUAUUUUAUUUUUAUUUGUUGAUAUUUUGUUCAUUUUGUUAUUUUUUGCUCUAUUUGCGAUUUUAAUCAAAAAACUUUUAUGGCUUUGGCAUAAAAAUCGUCGUACAAAUAAUGCAACGUCAACAGGAACAGCUUCAUCAGGAGCAGCAACACCUGCAACAACGAAUCAACAACAACAGCAACAUUCACAUCAUCAUUAUCAACAGCAACAACAACAACAAUUAUCCUUUAAUGGCAAUAAUUCAGCAGCAUUGGAUAAAUUCAAUAUGGUCAUGAAACAAAGGUAAGUGGAUUUAGU